AUGAACGAUAAUGAUGAGUCGCCUGCAGGACCGAGAAGGAAGCGUCUGCGAUCCUCCCAGCGCCAUGAAAAGGAUGAUCAACAUCCCCCGCGCCGUACGCGUUUGGUGAGCCAUGCGCCAGCGCCAGCGCCGACCAGCCAGGAAGGCCUGCAGAGAUUCAAGGAACUACUUGAAGCUGCAAUGGAUGGGCGGGGCGUGUCAGAAGAGUUUCUGUCUCAGUCCUUGGCAAUGUACAAAACUUGGAAAAGAUCUGGGGCACCUUACGAUGAAUUCUGCUUUGCAUGCAAGAAAUCGGAUGAUAUCCAUCCAUGCUUAACCUGCAGAAGACAGUACCAUGAGUCAUGCAGGCCAAAAGGCUCUAUUACUGUUCUCGGCGGACUGGCACAAGGCUGGUAUUGCGACAUAUGUGUGGUGAGAAAUUGGCACAUGAAGCCGCCCACUCUCACACCGCCUGCCUCGCCACCACCGGAAACUUCUAGAGCAGCAGAGGAAGUUGAAAGUGGGCGGCGGGAUGUUCAUCCUACCAAUCCGCCACCCCAGUCCGAGACAAUGCAGUCCUCUCAUGGGCUCCAAGAUCCAUCCCCGAACCUACGCUUGAUUCAAUCUACUCCUACAAGUUACCCCACUGCUUCACAGAACACGUCGCAGGCUAGUGAAACCGCGAUAGCCCAUCCAGCUACAACACCCAGCCAUACUGGGCCAGGGAAUGUACCAGUUCCGCAGACUCGUUCUACAGACAUACAUGCAUACACGACUUACCGGCCGGCCGUCACGCGGCGGUCUCGUUACACAACGCUACCCACAGAAGUGGACUCUGCGCUUCGCGUGUUAUACUCGGAGCUGGAAACGGCUGCUGAGCUUCGGCAACAGAUUGGCGGGUUGGAGGGCCAAGUUAUCCAGCUUCGUCAAGAUCUAAGUCUCAGAGAUCGGGAAUUACAAAUGACUCAGAAGGCUCUACAAUCAGCUCGUGCGUCGCAGAGUGAGCUUGCACAGUUACGCCAGGAGGCUUCCCAGCGGCAAGGGUCCAUGGAAGAGGCAACAACUCUACGCGCCGAGAAGCAGCAGCUCGAAGAGGAACUGAAGAGCACCCGGACGCAGAUGGAUGAAAUGUCGAAAACGCUACAACAAUGGAAGCAAAAACUAUCGGCAUUGAUUGCUGACUGA